AUGUCCUCCCCUCUCAUUGUCGACAUUCACACUCAUGUCUAUCCCCCGUCGUAUAUGGACAUGCUCCGCUCUCGCAAGGUAGUCCCCUACGUGCACGACCCAGUAAAUGCGACACCACGUCUUGUCAUCCUUUCUUCAGACGAUGAUCCAUCAAUCCCUCUCGAUGAGCGCGGCCGUCCAGUCGACUCGUCAUACUGGGAUAUCAAUGUCAAGCUGGCGUUCAUGCGACGCCACGGUAUCAACUGCAGUGUCAUUUCCCUAGCUAACCCGUGGCUGGACUUCCUCAAGCCUGAGGAAGCCCAGACGUGGGCAGAACGCAUCAAUGAUGAUCUGGAGCAGACCUGCGCGCGUGUCAACCAAGCAGUAGACCCCGACAACAAAUAUGCUCUCCACGAAAAAGAGAAGUUGUUCGCAUUUGGCACCCUGCCACUCAGUGCGCCUACAGCAGACAUUGUAGUAAACGAGAUCAAGAGACUCAAGACGCUGCCACAUCUGCGAGGUGUAAUUAUGGGUACCUCUGGGUUAGGCAAGGGCCUCGACGAUCCAGCGCUGGACCCUGUAUGGGGCGCUUUACAAGAGACAGACACCCUGCUGUUCCUCCACCCUCAUUACGGUCUACCCGAUGAAGCUUUCGGCGGGACAGAAGUGAUGAACCGCUACGGCCAUGUUUUGCCACUUGCUUUAGGGUUCCCGCUCGAGACUACGAUUGCCGUAGCACGGAUGCUUCUUGCCGGUGUUUUCGAUCGGUUUCCCGGGUUGAAGAUCCUGCUGGCGCAUUCUGGCGGGACGCUUCCAUUCCUUGCUGGACGGAUUGAGAGCUGUAUUCAUCACGAGCGCAAGUUUGUCGCCAAUGGCGGUAAUGUACCGGGUCCUCAGAGAAGUGUUUGGGAUGUGUUGCAGACAAACAUCUACCUCGAUGCGGUGGUAUAUGGUACUGCUGGCCUGAAAGCAGCCGUGUCUGCAGCCGGGGGAGCGGAUCGUCUCAUGUUUGGCACUGACCAUCCCUUUUUCCCUCCACUUGACACUAGUGAAGACGCCGAAUGGCCUAGUGUGACGACCAACUACAAAGCAAUCCACGCUGCUUUUGAUACAGAGAAAGAAGCAGUUGGGGCAAUCUUGGGAGGGAACGCAGCACGUAUUCUGAAUCUCAAAUGA